AGCUGGGAGACCGGAGGAGCAGGAGGCACUGGGCUCAGCGGCUCCCGCGUUCGUCCGAGACUUAACUAGAGCUGCUCCCUGGCAGUGGUGGUGAUGAUGGCGGCGGCUGUAGACAGAGGAGGCGUCCGGGCCGCUUUCCUGAACCCGAGCAGCGGUGGUGGUGGUGGACCUGCACCGACAAUACUCCCGACUGGAGCGUUAGCCGGGGCUGUGGUCCUGGGCUCGGGCUCAGGCAGCAUGCCCGUACCCAUGAACCUCUUUGCGACCUGGGAGAUAGACCGAUCAUCCCCAAGCUGCGUUCCAAGGCUUUGCAGCCUCACUCUGAAGAAGCUUGUUGUCCUCAAAGAACUGGAUAAAGAGCUGAACUCCUUGUCUAUAGCUGUCAAAAUACAGGGUUCGAAGCGUCUUCUGAGAUCAAAUGAGUACGUCCUCCCUCCCAGCGGGCUCAUGGAGACGGACCUGGAGCUCACAUUCUCACUACAGUACCCCCACUUUCUGAAGAGGGAUGCCAACAGACUGCAGAUUAUGCUGCAGAGACGGAAACGCUACAAAAAUCGAACCAUUCUGGGCUACAAAACUUUGGCUGUAGGAGUCAUCAAUAUGGCUGAGGUGAUGCAACACCCAACAGAUGGAGGACAGAUUCUUGGUCUCCAUAGCAACGUGAAGGAGGCGCCAGUUCGUGUGGCGGAAAUCAGCGUGUUCUCUCUGUCCAGCCAGCCCAUUGACCAUGAGGAUGGUAGCGGACAAGCUGGCCGCAAGACCAAAACCUCAGACCGCUCCCCAGACAUGGAUAAUUAUUCAGAGGACGAUGACGACAGCUACUCAUCGGAGCAGGAGGCCAGCGAUGAUGCAGUCCAUGCCCAGGAUCUUUAUGAUGAAGAUGAUGAAGUCAGGAAGCCCAAAAAAGCCCGUAGGAAAAUGAUCCGAACCACCUCCAUGACCAGGCAACCUAAUUUUAAACAGAAAUUUGUGGCCCUGCUGAAGAGGUUUAAGGUUACAGAUGAGGUUCUGGACUCUGACCCAGUGGACCAGACCCAGGAAGUGGAGGAGGAUCUGGACUUGUUGUAUGACAGUUUGGAAGUGUACAACCAGAGCGACAGUGGGCCAGAGAUGGAGGACAAUGAGAGUGUCCUGAGUACUCCCAAGCCCAAACUCAAGCCGUUUUUUGAAGGGAUGUCCCACUCCAGCUCCCAGACCGAGAUCGGAAGCAUACACAGCCAAAAAAGCCAGCAGAGAGAGUUGUCCUGUCCUAGCGGAGAGUUUCUGACCGUGGACAGAUGUAAAGUGCAGGGAGGAGGCCGAUAUCAAGAUGACAGCAGUGCAGACACAACUGUUCGGGAGCCAGAGACUGACGACAGUGGACCAGUUCCAGGGGAGGUGAACAGCUGGGAUGUCAACACUGAACGUAUGACCAGCACUGUUGGCAAGCUCUGCAAGACAGAAUCCCAAAACCACAUGUCUCCCAGUAAAGUGGAGAACAGGCUGCAGAGACGUCCUCGCAGCACCUCCAUGAAAGACAGACAAAACUCAAAGGCGCAGAGCGACAGGACCAGCAGCAUCGACAGCGAGUGCUCGCCAGACUCACGACUAAUUGCGCAAGUUCCCAGAAAGUCUGUGUACGACCAGCUAAACCAGAUACUCAUCUCAGAUGAACGUCUGCCAGAGAGUAUCAUUCUCAUCAACACUACAGAGUGGCAAGGACAGUAUGUAGCCGACUUGCUCCAUGAACAGGGCCAGCCCAUUGUCUCCACAUGCUCUGCUGCAGAUGUUCAGGCUGCUUUCAACACUAUCGUUACUCGCAUCCAGAGAUUCUGCAACUGCAAUGCACAGACACCACCGACGAUGAAGGUGGCGGUAGCAGGCGACCAGAGUUACCUCAGUACCAUCCUGAGGUUCUUUGUGGAGCAGCUGGCCAAUAAGACUCCUGAUUGGCUCAGUUAUAUACGUUUCCUGGUGAUUCCCAUUGGUUCUCAUCCCCUUGCAAAGUAUGUGGCUUCCUUUGAUAGUCGCUUCAACAGCAUCUUUAUGGAUACUGCAUGGAGGGAGCUGUUCUGCAGGACAGAACGGCCCACCUCAGAUAACAUAGAUGUAGCAGGACGAGUCAUUCAGUAUCUGGCCGGUGCCAAUGUGUCCCACCAGUUUCCCAUCUCAGAAGCCAUGCUCACCUACAAACAAAAGAGGAAAAGAAGUUUGUAUUUUGAUUUUUAUAUCAGCCCUGAUGAGGACUCCUGUCAGAAAUUCGUGCCAUUUAUUGGGGUUGUGAAAGUUGGAAUUGUGGAGCAAAGCCUUUCAACCUCAAUGGACUCAGACGAUGCGAUGGGAGGCAACACAAGCAUUUUGUCCUCCCCGACGCCCCCAUCGGCUGGCCCGUAUGGGAAGGAGAUUGGGAGCACCCCCCCACAGUCUCCCUCUGUGUCCACCGCCCUGUCUGGAGCAGGCUCUCCAUGUUCGGGCAGUGAGGUGAUGGGGCUCCAGGUGGAUUACUGGACUUGGCAUGGCCCGGAGAAGAAGAAAGAGGGAGAGAAGAGAGAUGUGGGAUUAAAGAACACCCUGAAGAGCAACUUCCGUUCACUACAAGUCAGCCGCCUGCCCAGCGGAGGGGAGCUCACUCCUCCCCCCAGCAUGGCCAUGACUGUGGUCACCAAGGAGAAGGGUUACAAGAAAGUGAUUUUUCUUAGCAAGAAGCCCAAGGAGAAAGAGCUGGACUCUAAGAGCCAAGUGAUCGAUGGCAUCAGCAGGUUGAUCUGCACAGCCAAGCACCAGCACACGAUGCUGAGAGUCACUAUUGAUGGAGUUGAGUGGAACGAUGUCAAGUUUUUCCAGCUCGCUGCUCAGUGGCCAACACAUGUCAAGCACUUCCCGGUGGGAAUCUUUGGUUACACGAAGCCGGUGUGACCCUGGUCACCGUCCACUCAGCCAACCAGACUCUCCGCUGCACUUGUCUCACCCAGAGGCUGCAGAGAACUAGAGGAAAAGCCAACAUGGCCGCCCCCGAAAGUAAUAGUUUUCCUGUGGAAAUCUAACGGACUCACAACCACGUGUUCAAUACGCAGAUUUCACGUCGUCUAUUUGAUGUUUUCGAUGUUGUUGGGUGUUGUUGUUUUUUUUUACACACUACAAAAAGAACAAGUACUAUUUUGUAAGAUUUGUGCUACCGCCUCUGAGGUAUUUUGAGGUUUUCAACUAUUUUGCCACAUUUCGAUAAUGGCAGCUGUGUUUGCACUUUGUUUUUGUUAACAUUUUUAUUAUUUCUGUGAAAUCCUACAUUUAUUGUUACUCUAUAGACAAAUGGAGAAGUGUGAUGGUGAUGUGCAGUGGCGUGUGUGAGAUUGUUGCAGACCGUGUUUGUGUUUGUUGUUCAAAGUUGGAAUAUUGCUGUGAAUCUAGAUGGAAUCCUUCUAACUCAGUGCUCAGUUUUCAUACUCGUCCCUUUACUUUCUGAAAAAGGUCAUUAUUUUUUUUUUUAUAGGAACGUUGUUUUUGCCUUGUUGCUUUGAAGCACACAAAAGCAAAACAAGACAAAAAAAAAGAUAUAUUAGAAAGUAGCUAUGAUGAAUGUAGCUAAUAACUUGUAAACAGUUCAUCACAUAAGUUCAUUAUUAAAAGUACUAACAUUUUUCAUGUUGGUAUACAUUCAGACUGUACAGUAACAACCUGUUAGAAGCAGGGUAUCGCUAUAUUUUAAUUCUAACAGCUGAUCGCCAAAUUUAUUUGCGACGUAUGACCCGUGUCGUAGUUUGUCUGCUGCAGUUCUCGCCUGUGUUGGAAUUCGGCCUUUUCUCUGUGUAAUUUCAGGUUGCAGCAGAAUAGAAAUGGUAAAUAUGGCCGCCCAGUUCUCAGCAUGAUGUACCAGCUUACUCUGCAGUAACUUACUUAAUACUGGACUGUGCAGUGAUGUGCCAAAGUUUGAUAUACAAUCCAUGUAAAAGAGCUUGCAGCUCAGCCAAACUUUAUAGCGUGUUAUACUAGAAACUAAAAUUGUGCAUUUAAUGUGUCUGUGGUCCCUGUGGAGAUCAGUACUAAAAUUACUGACUUGUUCAUUUAACAAAUGUACCUGUUAAAAAUCCUUAUUUGGCCAUGUUAGCAUCUUAAGUAAUUUAUAAGAUGGGUAUAAAUUCUGACAAAGCAGUUGCCGUUGUGUCUUUGAGAACAGCUUCACCACAGCAAACCUAAAACAUGGCGAAAGGGUCGGCGAGGGAAGAAUGAGUUUUCCUGACUCGAACCAUGCGUUGACUGUAGAGUGGAGCGCCAUGCAAAUGCUCAAGUUGCUUUUAAAACAUGACGACAAGCGUAUGGAGUCUUGCCAGAUGUCCAAGUCACUGCCAGUGAGUCUGUGUAAGCGUGCUAUUUGUUUGAUGGUACGCCCUGAAUAAUGUUAACGUGAAACUUUUGCAAUAGGAAAACCUUUGACAAAGGGCCUUCUAAAUGAGUUUGCUUUUUAUAAAGUGAAGACUUACUAGCUUUGAUAGGCUGGCUUUUCCUUUUUUUAUUGCUGUAUAUAAAUAAAUAUACAAUAUAUACUAUUGUGAAUUGUAAACGCCCCUUCCACUAAAUUAAAAGCACAAGUAAUGUACCUUUAUUUCUAAACAUGAAUGCCAAAUAUAUUUCCAGAACUCAUUACUAUGAAGUUGACAAUGCAAACACUAUUAGGUAUGUUAUUUCUCAUACAUUUCCCUCACUUUGUAAUGCACUUUCAUGUGGUUUUAUACGCAGAGUAGCUCAAAUUGGGACACACUUUAGUUUCAAGGUGUUAAAUUUGACAUGUAAACCACUAUCUAUAGUUAAGACGAUGUGUUUCUAAUGGUGGCUUUCAGUUCCCUGUGAGGACUGAAAUACCAUCAUGGCUGUCCGCUGCCUUUUUUUUUUUUGUCAGUUGAUUUUUGGAGUUUAUUUUGCAGCUACCACCUUGUGUCUGCCUGUUACUGUACAGUGAACUUUUCCCAUUUCCAUCUUUUAGAAUUGGGUCCGAAUGGCCCUCGUGUAUUUGCAAUCUCUGGCUGUGCAUAGUGCUAACCCGGGCAAAGUUGUUUGAGGAAAUUUAUGCAGGUUAGCCAAUGGAAUACUUUAUGAAAAGCAAAAUUGCAGUAUUUGACCUCAUUUUUUUUCUGUCUUUCCCUAAAUCCAGAGGUAGCAUGGGGGUGUUUUACAAGACUGGAUCAAUGAGCAGGCAUGCUCACUUCGUCACUAUAAUUUAGCACUCCAAAAAGAAACCAACAUCAGUGUUACCUUUCUUUACUGAUCAAACUACAGUUACAUCAUGCCAUCUCAUUGCUCCUGUUACUUGAAAUGCCACCCAGUGUCUUUGCACAAAUCCUGUUUUAAAUUACAAGACAGUAUUUUUAAAUUCACCACUAAAAAUAUGGGUUACUCUGCAUGUUUUACUAUAGAUGUAAAUAUGUUUUGGAUUUUUUAUAUUGUUUUGGUUCUUUUCAUGCUCUCACAAGCAGUUGUGUUUAAUAAAAUUUUUAAUCUUCUGUACAAACA